UAAAGCAUCAACAUUUGGCCCAAAUCAUGGUGAUGCCACCGGCCCACCGGCGAUGGAAAUAUUUUUCUAUGACCCGAAACACGACAUACCGUCCCCAACCACUUCGGAUUAACCGUGGAUUGGAAUCGUAAAUAUUUCUAAGAACAUGCAUACACGCAAGACGCCAUUAAAGAGAAAAACAGGAAGAAUUAUGAAGCAAUAGGAGCUACGGAGCUCGUAAACCUUCAAAUCUUGCGUUAUGUUUGCUAAAUUAUUUCACAAAACUCCGCAGCAACCAUCACAACAGGAGGAUGAUGAUCCACGAUUGAAAGACUUUGAACCACGUGUUGUUGUUCAUUAUGGGAUCCCAACUACUGCAUCAAUCCUGGCCUUUGACCCCCUUCAGCAGUUACUAGCUAUAGGAACACUGGAUGGCAGGAUAAAGGUGAUUGGUGGUGAUAACAUUGAAUGCCUUUUAAUAUCUCCAAAGCCAGUACCCUUGAAAAACCUAGAGUUCAUACAAAACCAAGGGUUUCUUGUCAGUGUCUCAAAUGAAAAUGAAGUACAGGUUUGGGAUCUAGAACGGAGGCAGUUGGCUGCUAAUUUACAAUGGGGAUCCAAUAUAAGUGCAUUCUCUGUAAUUUGUAGCACCAAUUACAUGUAUGUUGGAGAUGAGUAUGGAUAUUUGUCUGUGUUGAAGUAUGACAUUGAAGAAGGGAAUAUCCAACCCAUGUCCUAUCAGAUUCCUCCAGAUCUCAUAGCUGAUGGAGGUGGGGUUCAAAUACCUGAGCAUCAGUCUGUUGUGGGACUUCUUGCCCAACCGUGUUCCACUGGGAAGAGAGUGCUGAUUGCAUAUCAAAAUGGGUUGAUAAUUUUAUGGGAUGUUUCUGAAGAUAAAGCUUUACUCAUCAGAGGCUAUAAAGAUCUCCAACUGAAGGACGAAAUAGUAAUUCGUUCUAACAACGACAUCAAGCGUGAAAGUAUAAAUUAUAAAUCAGAUGAAGAGCAGAUAGAAAAGGAAAUAAGUGCUCUCUGUUGGGUUUCUCCAGAUGGGUCAAUACUCGCUGUUGGUUAUGUAGAUGGAGAUAUUAUAUUAUGGAAUUUAUCCACUAACAAUCAGAAAACAAAUAAAAAUACAAAAAAUGCUGUUAAGUUAAAAUUCUCUUCAAGUGAUAAAAGACUCCCAGUUAUUGUUCUUCAUUGGUGUCCAAAUAGUCAACGUAACGGAUCCGGUCAACUCUUUGUCUAUGGAGGCGAUGAUAUUGGAUCUGAAGAAGUCCUAACAAUUUUGAAUCUUGAUUUGUCAUCAGGGAUAGAAGCUUUGAAGUUUAUUAAACGUUUUGACCUAACACUUGAUGGCUCUUAUGCUGAUAUAGAAUUGGUACCAAAUGUUGGUGCAACAGAAAGUAAUUGCACUUCACUCUUUGUGUUGACCAACCCAGGUCAACUCCAUGUGUAUGAUGAUGAAUGUUUGACCGGAUUAACAUCUGGUCCAUCUGUAAAACCAGUUCAAUGCCCUGUAACAAUACCAACUGUUGAACCGAAUAUGACUAUUUCAAAGCUAUGUUCUGUACCCAAAGAUGGGGAUUUUCAAAGAGUUCUCAAUGAGACAGUUUUGGCUGUGAAAAGUGAAUUAGCAUCACCUAAGACUCCAGGGAGUGGAAAGUGGCCUGUGACUGGUGGCUUUCAAAGUCAACUAUCUUCAGAUGAAAAUAUUGGAGUUGAGAGGAUAUAUAUUGCAGGUUAUCAAGAUGGCUCUGUUAGAAUAUGGAAUGCCACAUUUCCAGUUUUCUCCCUGAUUUUUACACUUGAGUUGCAGGUGGAAGAUACUGAAGGAACCGAAGUCCCAGGUGCAAGUGAACCAAUAUCAGCCUUGGAUUUUAACUCAAAGACAUCAAGUUUAGCUGUUGGCAAUAAUUGUGGUCUGGUUAAUCUACUCAAGUUAGUUGGAGAAACCAAAGAAACGAAUGUUCCCCUUGUGACAGAAACCGAACGUCAAGAAAUUGAUUUGCACCAUGGGAAUGGAUGGCAAUCAACAGCUGUCAUUUCUGUUCUAAAUUCACCUAUACGAACCCUUCAAUAUACAUUUUCUGGAGCUAAAAUUAUUGUUGGACAUGAAUGCGGUAAGGCUGCUGUACUUGAUGUUCAAUCAUCAUCAGUACUGUUUCUUACUGACUGUUUAGUCGACCCUAGCUCUCCAAUUGUUUCUCUUGCCAUGAAAACAUAUUUACAAACUGACACUAAUGUUCCGGAACAAUCUGGAAACACAUCUACAAGUGGUCCAGAAACAGAAGUGGCUUUCUUAUUGACCAAAGAUUCACACAUCAUCUUUUUGGAUAGUAAUAAUGGUAACAAGAUCUGUUGCUCUUCAGUAAACCCUAAAGAAUCAACUGCAAUCUCGGUAUACAUUUUAGAUGAAAGUUUUUCUGUCCCAGAAUUACCUGAAGAGAAUCCUGCAAACACAUCCCAGGAAACUACAAAUGAAAAAGAGUCUUUAAAGUCAACAGAGCCAGAAAGUGAGUCAACAGAAGCUGAAGAAAAAACCUCGAGUCAACCCAUUGAACCAUGGAAGAAUUUUGUAGAUUCACUCAUUUUAAUUUGCUGUGAGGAUUCACUGCUUUUAUACUCAACCAAGUCUCUACUUCAGGAGAAGCCAAACUUCAUCUGCAAAAUUGAUUUGGAGAAACAAUGUCGCUGGACUACAAUUUUCAAGAAAAAUGAAGUGGAAUCUGGAGUGGUUUUAGUGUAUUCGACUGGAAUUGUUGAAAUCAGGUCAUUGCCAGAUCUUAAAGUGGUGGCAGAAACUUCUCUAAUGUCCAUUCUCAGAUGGAACUUUAAAACUAAAAUGGAGAACACAAUGAGCUCUUUUGGUAAUGGCCAUAUUGCAAUGGUGUACGGGUGUGAAUCUUCUGUUUUGUCUCUUUUCUCCUCUGAAAAUGACUUCAGGAUACCGGAGGGUUUACCUCGCCUUCAUGAUAAAGUUGUGGCAGAAGCUAAAGAGGCUGCAUAUAAAUUCGCUCUUAGCCAGAGAAAACAGAAUGCACCAACGGGAUUACUUGGUGGUAUCAUUAAGGGAAUAAAGAGAGAUAAGGGAAAUGAAACUGAAAAUAUAGAGGAAACUCGAGAUGUUCUUGUUCCUAAGCUUGAAACCUUGUUUUCAAGAACACCAUUUUCAGUUUCAGAUUUGGAUUUGGAUUUAGAUUUAGAUUUGGGAGAUCAUGAGCUCGAUAUGCCAACCAAAUUAGUUGUUGAAAGAAUAGAGGCUGAACCUAAAUCUCCUUCGCCACCAUCUCCGGCUCCAGCUAAAACUGAGAAAAACAAGCAAGUGGAGAGAGAUAGAUUACUUGAAGGUGGCUCAGAACCAAAAGCUAGGACAACAGACGAAAUCAAAGCUAAAUAUCGAAAAACGGAUAUAGCGGGUGCAGCUGCUGCAGCUCAAGAAGCAAAAGACAAGCUUCUAGAGCGACAGAUGAAACUUGAGAAAUUAAAAGAAAAUGCGGAAGAACUGGAAAGUGGGUCCGAGAAUUUUGCAUCAAUGGCAGAACAACUUGCAAAGCAAAUGGAAAAUAGAAAGUGGUGGCAGCUUUGAUUUCAAUAACUCCACCCAUUCAUUCAUUUCUCAUCAUUUUUUUUAUCAAAUAAUUAAUGUGUCUACACAGUUUAUAUUAUACUAUAUGCAUAUCGUGUUCAGUUGCAUUAUUUUUGUAUUUGUUCUUUCCAGUUAUAGAAAUUACAUUAUUUGUAAACAAAACAUGGACCCACUAAACUAUAAACAAAAGAAAUAGUCUUACAGUG